AUGAAGGUCGCUCAAUUACACUCCGUCCAAGUGGGACAAAAAUAUGAGGGAUAUCCUCCACGCAAUUUCAACUCUAAUGCAAACGCCCUGGAUGAAGAUUACAUAAAAUAUUUUUUCUUGGGUCCAAUCAUGGGGCUACCCUCAACUACAUAUGCAAUAAAGCAAAUGAUAUCGCUUUAUCCCAUGCUCGAGCACAUAGAAGAAAACAAAAGGGAAAGGACCGAGAACAUGCCAAUAUCGAGGUUGGGGACUGUUUUGGUAAAAUUACUGGAUCACCUCUCUCAAAAAAGUCACGAACAUUGA